CAAAGAAUGGUGAUGGCCCGAUGCCCGUGAAUGAUCAAGCCCAAUCAGACGAGGAUCCGGCCCAACAACACCAAUGGAUCAACAUGGUGCAAAGUGGCUAAGGCCCACUAAAGUUUAUUUACCCAUUCACAGUUUACGUUUAAUUUUCCUAGUUAAUUUACUUUCCAAGUGUCUCCUUUUAUUUUCUAGUUAGACUUUUGUUUUUCCAGAAUUUUAGCAUCAUGGGUGGUUACCACCUUUUCUUAUUUGUAUUGCAAAACUGUGAAUGGAAAGUCAGUUUUUGAUGUUCGUAAAUUUUGAUCUCUCAAGAGUUCAGUUUUCCAUUGCUAUCCUAAUUAGUGGCUACAAUUAGGAGGUGAUCUUUGGAGGCUAAUUUCUGCCUGAUCGUGGUGAAUCUGUAUCGACAAGGCAGGUUAGUUCGAGCCCAGCGAAUCCUCGGGUGGUGAAUUCUGUAUCUCGAAGGAUUGUUGUUCAGUUGAUUCCAAUUUUUCGGGUUAAUUUUCGAUCCAGUUACUAAUCUUUUGCCUAUCAUUUGGUAUCAGAGCUAUGGAUACCCGAAGCAGCUCCGAAUUGAAAAAAAUUCUCGAGACUUUUGAGGCUGAUAAGAAGAACAUGGCUGAUCAGAUGAAGGCCCUACAGGACCAGGUUCGAGAAUUGGUCGUCUUGCAACGGAGAAGUCAUGAUGAUGCACGAUCUGAUGCAGGAACCGAAAUACAUACAAAUCGUGAUAGUGGGGGCGGUUGGCACUCCAAUGACAUCAAAGUUGACAUCCCCGAGUAUGACGGUAAAUUGGAUCCCGAUGAGUUUGUCGAAUGGAUCCAUACAGUGGAGCGGGUUUUUGACUACAAACAGACCAGCGAGGAGCAUAAGGUCAAAAUCGUAGCCCUUAAACUUCGAAAAUACGCCUCAACCUGGUGGUCCAACGUCUGUUCCAAACGAGAACGAGCGGGGAAGGAUAAGAUUCGUUCAUGGCCUAAGAUGAAGACAAAGAUGAAGCAAAAAUUCCUACCGACCUAUUAUCUUCAGGCAAGUUUUCGGCAGUUACAUGCUUUGAAACAGGGAUCGGGGUCCGUGGAAGAUUAUUCACGAGACUUUGAAUAUUUAUUAAUGAAGUGUGACGUUCCAGAGGAUGAUCCUCAAACCCUAGUUCGGUAUUUGGGUGGCCUGGAACCCCGGGUUGCGAAUGUGGUGGAAUUACAACCGUAUGAAACUCUAGCCGACCUCACUGUGUUGGCCCAUAAAGUUGAUGUGCAACAGCGAUCCAAGGGAAAACAGGAACUCGCCAGGCCCAAUUUUAGAUCCAACUCCUAUCCGAGGCCCAAUGCCGACACUAAACCACCACCCGCUAUCAAUCCAAAAACACCAUCAUCGUCCAGUACCACCGAAAAUCCCCGGGCUCCCAGACGUUGUUUCAGAUGCCAAGGCCUAGGGCAUAUAGCGUCUGAAUGCUCAAACAAAAGAAUCAUUACUUUGGCAGAUUUCGAGCAAGCCAGCGGGUUCAAUUUUUGUCGUGACUCACCCGAAGAUCCACUGAUAACGGCUGAUGUAGACGGCGAAGAGGUAGGGCCGGAUGAAGGUGACUGUUUGGUUGUUCGUCGUGCCCUAAGUAGCACCCCUGGUCGGGAAGAAAAUCAACAGAGGGAAUCUAUUUUUCACACGCGCUGCACCAUCGGUCACAAGGUAUGCACGGUGAUCAUCGACGGCGGCAGCUGCACCAAUGUUGCAUCCCAAACACUUGUCACCAAGCUCAGAUUGCCCACCGAGCCACACCCGUCUCCUUACGUCAUUCAAUGGCUCAAUCAAGGAAAAGGGAUUCAGGUUGCUGACCGGGUUCUCAUCUCUUUGAGUAUUGGUAAGUCCUACUGUGAUAAUAUUUGGUGUGAUGUAUUACCUAUGGAUGCUUGUCACUUGCUCUUGGGCCGCCCUUGGCAAUUCGAUCGCCGCGUUGUGCAUGAUGGCUAUCGCAAUACCUAUUCUUUCACCUUUAAAGAUAAAAAAAUAACUUUGACUCCCCUUACCCAGCCUAGUCAAACCCCAACACCACCUUUGACCUUGAAUACUCUUUUGAAAGCAGAGCAACUUGAAUUCACAGCCUUCAGAGAUUUUAUUCUGCUAGGCCUUGAUGAAGAGGAAUCCAAAACAACAGUACCACACCAUGCCCUUGUACAACCUUUACUCCAAUCCUAUGCCCACAUAUUCCCUGCUGAAAUUCCUUUGGGGUUACCUCCACUACGCACUAUUCAACACAAGAUCGAUUUCAUUCCGGGAUCGGUCCUCCCAAAUAAACCCGCCUACCGUACUAAUCCUCAAGAAGCCAGUGAAAUUAAGCGACAAGUCGACGAGCUUUUAAAGAAGGGCUUUAUCCGUGAGUCACUUAGUCCAUGUGCUGUCCCCACUUUACUAGUCCCUAAAAAGAGUGGCGAGUGGCGAAUGUGCAUGGACAGCCGGGCUAUCAACCGAAUUACCAUCAAAUAUCGAUUCCCGAUUCCACGACUGGAUGAUUUAUUGGAUGAGCUUCAUGGAUCAACAGUAUUUUCGAAAAUUGAUUUAAGAAGUGGGUAUCAUCAAGUUCGCAUACACGAAGGAGACGAAUGGAAGACCGCUUUCAAGACAAAAGAGGGUUUGUAUGAAUGGCUCGUUAUGCCAUUCGGCUUAUCUAAUGCACCUAGCACCUUCAUGCGUCUGAUGAACCAGGUUCUUAAACCGUUUUUGGGCAGGUUUGUUGUUGUCUAUUUCGACGAUAUACUAGUGUACAGCCCCUCCACCACGGUUCAUCACCAACAUCUCCAGCAGCUUUUUGAUGUACUCAAUCAGGAACAGUUGUAUGGCAAUCUGGAAAAGUGUGAGUUCUUCGCCAAUCACGUUACAUUUUUGGGUUAUAUCGUGUCAGCGAACGGGAUCCAAGUGGACGAACGGAAGGUACAAGCCAUACGUGACUGGCCCGUUCCUCAGUCCAUUCAACAGGUGCGAAGUUUUCAUGGGUUAGCGUCCUUUUAUCGCCGCUUUGUCAAGAAUUUCAGCACCAUAGUGGCUCCGAUGACUGAGGUAACUAAGAGCAAACAAUUUAUUUGGACUCCCCAAGCAGACGCCGCCUUCAAUGCGCUUAAACAGCUGCUGUCCUCCACACCCGUUUUGGCACUCCCCUGUUUUGAUGAAGUGUUUGAAGUAGAGUGUGAUGCCUCAGGGGUUGGCGUCGGGGCUGUUUUGACUCAAUUGGGUCGUCCGGUGGCGUUCUAUAGUGAGAAGUUUAACGAUGCCAAACGGCGGUAUUCGACGUAUGACAAAGAAUUCUAUGCCAUUAUUCGCGCUUUAACACAUUGGCAACACUAUCUAAUUUCUAGGGAAUUCAUUCUUCAUUCUGAUCAUGAGGCCCUCAAGUACAUACAGGGACAACACAAGCUUCAACCCCGACACGCCAAAUGGGUUGAAUUUCUCCAAAUCUUUAAUUUUUCUAUUCGACACAAGUCGGGUAAGCUUAACAAAGGAGCUGAUGCCUUGUCUCGUAAGUAUUCUCUGCUCAAUUCCUUGCAGCCCCAAGUUUUAGGCCUUGAGCUUUUACAGAACGAGUAUAAGGACGAUCCGGAUUUUGGCGAUACCUUUUCCAAUUGUCAGCGACAAGAACCGUAAGCACAUUUUGUUCCAGCCGGGUGAUCUUGUGUGGGUGUAUCUUCGCAAGGAACGUUUUCCAUCCAAGCGCCGUUCCAAGCUCAGCCCUCGCUCAGAUGGACCAUUCCGCAUCCUCUCCAAAGUCAAUGACAACGCUUAUCGGGUAGAUCUUCCAGGGGAUUACAACGUGUCUGCUACCUUCAACGUCGCCGAUCUUCAACCUUACUAUGAUCCA